AUGCUGAGCGCCACCGUCGGCAGCACUCUCGUCACCUUCCUUGUCACACCACUGGAUGUUGUGCGUGUAAGAUUACAAGCUCAACAAAGUCCGUCCUCCCUCUCUGCCCGCUCGCCCGCCUUCCAACAGCUGCCCCCCGGCAUGGGCAUUACUGCCUGCUGUCGAGAAGUCUUCUGGGUGCAGAACCAGUCCCAGUUCUGCGUCGCCAGCGCUCCGACUGCUUCUGCCGUCAUGGAUGAUGUGAUCAUCUCUGACUGUGCUGCAGAAGAAGCUCAGCGACGAUCCUUCAACUCCACCCUCGAUGGCCUCCGCAAGAUCUCGAGAAACGAGGGCAUCUCCACCCUAUGGCGGGGCCUCAGUCCGACUUUGGUCAUGGCCAUCCCUGCGAAUGUCAUUUACUUUGCUGGCUACGACUGGCUGCGCACGAGUCCGAAGAGCCCGGUAUAUGGAAGGUUUAGCGAUGCAUACGCGCCUUUGGCAGCUGGGUCUAUAGCACGGGUGAUUGCCGCCAUCGCCGUCAACCCGAUCGAGAUGCUACGGACCAGGAUGCAAGCGACCUCGACGAAAGAGAAGGGCGUGCUACGUGCCACAAUGGUGGGCUUGAAAGAGAUGGUGUCUGCAGAAGGAUAUCUCACACUCUGGCGCGGGCUCACUCUCACCCUGUGGCGUGACGUUCCCUUCUCGGGACUAUACUGGUGGGGAUACGAGAAAGGCCGACAGCAGCUGAACAAUCUACGCCAGCAAGCUAUGCCUGCAUCUGGACCUCCACAGAACGUGGAUAUGUCGCAUGGCGCCCUUCUUACCGACUCGUUCCUUGCCGGAGCGGUUUCCGGCGCCAUUGCCGCCUUCGUCACAACCCCGUUCGAUGUGGGCAAGACACGGCAGCAAACAGCUUUGUACAACUCCGACCCGAACUCUCGUAAAUCCCUUCAAUCACUUCCGGAAAGCAGGGCAAUGCCCCGGUUCUUAUGGCAUAUCUACUGCACCGAAGGCCUCAACGGCCUGUUCAAAGGCUGGGCGGCGCGUUGCUUGAAAGUGGCGCCGGCCUGCGCUAUCAUGAUCUCCAGCUACGAGGUCGGAAAGAAGAUGGCCAUUGCUGUCAACGAGCGACGAGAGAUGAAGGACGAUGCAUAG